GCAGGCAUUCCUGCACUAAAAGUUUCUGUGAAUGUGAGAGAGGCUAUUUUAGGAGCGACACAGAAGAGCACGGUAUCACAGGCAAACUUCCAUUUCUGCUGCAGUCCUAAAAGUUUGUGGAGAGGUUCUCUCUUUCUUAAACCGUGCACAGAGAAAACAAAGAAUAGACACAGAACUGAAAAAAGAAUGGAUGGUUUUGAGGCAGAUGUGAGGUGUCCUGAACAAGCUAGCAAUAUUGAAAAUAACAAGGGAGAGGAAAAAGUGAAAGCUGACCAGGUGUUGAGCACAGAUGAUACAAGACCAGUUAAAGAUGGUGCUGAUGAUGGGGAAUAUGCUGCAACAGCUGCUGACAGUGCAGCUACUGUAAAUAACAGUACCAUGGAUGCUGAUGACACUGGAAUUUACAGAUAUAUCAAAGACGAUCUGUUCACCUCAGAGAUUUACAAAGUAGAGAUACAGAACUUGCCAAAGUAUAUAGGCUUUAACGAUAUUAAGAAGUUUCUUGCCAAAUAUGGAUUAAACCCUCAUAAAAUAAAGCUCAUUAAGAAACAAACUUUUGCAUUUGUGACUUUUAAAAGUGAAGAGGAAAGGGAUAAAGCUAUGAAGGUUAUACAUGGAGCAAUGUGGAAAAAUCGAGCUCUAAGUGUCCGGCUUGCGAAACCAAAGGCAGAUCCCAUAAUGAAGAAGAGAAAACAGGAAGAAGAUGACAAGGAACAACCUGAUCCAAAGCGUCCUGCUGCACAAGAUAGUGCUGAGGAGGAGCCUCUCAGUAAGCAGAUUGCAGAUGUGGUGACGCCUUUGUGGCAGGUUCCAUAUGAAGAGCAACUUAAAAUGAAGGAACAAGAAUGUGAACAUGUUCUCCAAAGGCUAACAAAGGAGAUAGGAAAUACUAACAAGGCAUUAUUGCCAUGGCUGUUUGCGCAGAAACAGAAGUAUAACAAAGUUUGCUGUCCUUUGGAAGGAGUGAAGCCUUCUCCAGCCCAGACGGACUACCGAAACAAAAGUGAAUUUCUGAUUGGAGUUGGUGCAAAUCAGGAAGAUAAAACAGUGGGCUUCCGUCUUGGAAAAUAUAAGGGUGGAACAUGUGCCGUUGUGGAGCCAUGUGAUACAAUUCACAUUCCUUUGUCUGUGAAGAAAGUUGUAAAGGCUUUUCAAGAAUAUAUCAGGUCUACAUCAUUUGCAGUCUACAGCCCAGAGACAUAUGAAGGCCACUGGAAACAGCUGACUGUCCGUAGCAGUAGGAAGGGCCAUGUCAUGGUCAUUGUAUACUUUCAUCCUCAGAAAAUGACCAAGGAAACCCUGGCUGAUUUAAAAUCCUCUCUGGCAGCUUUUUUUUCAGAGGGACCUGGAAAAGAUAGUGGUAUCACCUCUAUUUAUUUUGUUGAAGAAGGGCAAAGAAAAUCCCCAAACCUGGAGGAUUUACCUGUGGAGCAUGUGAGUGGGGAGCAGCACAUCCACGAGGAACUGCUGGGCCUCACUUUCCGUAUUUCACCCCAUGCUUUCUUUCAGGUUAACACACCUGCAGCAGAGGUGUUGUAUUCAACAAUUGCAGACUGGGCUCAGUUGGACCAGAACAGCACUGUGUUAGAUGUUUGCUGUGGGACGGGAACCAUUGGCCUCUCCCUGGCCAAGAGAGUGAAGAAAGUUAUAGGGAUCGAGCUGUGUCAGGAAGCUAUUGCGGAUGCAAAGGCUAAUGCCCAGUUAAAUAACUUGAGCAAUGUUGAAUUCCGAUGUGGCAAAGCAGAGGACAUCUUCCCUACUUUGAUUAACACCCUCGUAUCUCGCAACCCUGUUGCUAUAGUUGAUCCUCCAAGAGCAGGGCUUCAUUCUAAGGUGGUAAUUGCAAUUAGAAGAGCAGAACAUCUUAAACAACUGAUCUACGUGUCUUGCAAUCCAAAGGCUGCUUUUAACAACUUUAUAGAUCUCUGCCGAGCUCCUUCAAACCGCGUAAAGGGUCGUCCCUUCCGGCCAGUCAGAGCUGUUGCUGUGGACCUCUUUCCUCAAACACCCCAUUGUGAACUUCUCAUUUUGUUUGAAAGAGUGGAGUAUACAGAGAUAAAUUCCACCUCAGAACCACCUUGUGAAGACAUGGAGCAACAGAAAAACAACAGUAUGGAAUCAGAAAACAAGACUGAGGCAAAGUCAGUAGUUUAA